UGGGUCAGGAAUCUCUGAGUUGAUUGGAUGCUGGGGCCCACCGGUAGUUUUUUUUCGGACCGGGAUCGGUCUGUAUAAGGCUGCAUGCAGCCUUCUUCCCUGCGUCUCGGCCGUCCCCCCCCAUUCGGCGAUUCAUCUGGAAUUUUCCUCUGUUUUUUCUUUCUUUUUCUUCCUCUCUGCUGCAAGCUUCUCCUCCUCCAAUCUCUGGCCAACCACCGAGAUCUGCUGUGUUUAUCUGUUGAUUUGGGCUUGAUCUAGGCAUUUGCAAGUUUUUUAGUUUCUAAUCUACCUAUAUAAGUGAGUUUUUCGAAUUUUUUUCUUUUUAUUUCAAA